AUGGAUACGAUUCGAAGUCAACAUAAACCUAUUGCUCCUCAGGACAUAUCUUUGUUUGACGAGGGUGCUUCCACUGUUUGGGAAGACCACGUGCUUUUGAAUUAUGAAAACAACUCACCUGCUAGUUCGUCCGUACAGAUGGAUCUCUCCGAGUCAUCAUUCUCUGAUGUCGGUUUCUCGUCUGAUGAACAAGGCAUGUCAUCGGAAUAUACCUGGCAGAGUGAUUUCUCAGGCUAUGAUCUCGAAGGGCUUCCUACAGUACCAUUUGUUGGUCAAUUUGAAGAAUUUCGCUGUGAUAACAUCGACAUCGAUCCGAACACACCUCCUCAAUGGCAGAAUGUCGAUCAAUACUAUGAAGAGCUGAUGCGAAUAGAAGGCGAAGAGCACUUGUAG